UAUAGGUUACCAAAAAUGGUAAAGAAUUUUUCAGCUAGUUCUGCCUCAUCAACGGCGGGAGAUUCUUCGAAAAAUGAAGCAGGGAACAACGCUUUCUAUAGCGAUGGCAUCGAUGGCGUUUCGGCCGGUCGAGCGGCAGCAAUUGCGGCUCUCGCAAGAAUUGUCUGUUCAAAACGAACUAAUGAAAAGCUUCCUAACCAGCAGUUGGCAAGAUUUCUUUCGGCUGUACACGACGCCUUGGUUGAGAAAGAUCGACUUGUUCUGUGCUCGUUAUUCUUCUAUGGACAGAAUCUGUUUCGAUUAGGACUUCCGGGUGUCGAGGCAAUUUUACCUCAUUACCUAUUCGCUCUGGAUAUCAUACUCAUUGAAAGUGCAAAGAUUAGACUUCAUCCAUCCAUUCCUGAAGUGGAAGUGCGUAGAGCAUGUCUUCGAGGUCUUUCUUCAGUGGUUUGCUGGCCGACAACUUUUGGAAUGAGUAAGAUACCACGUAAGUCCUGUGAUACUUGUUACAAGCCGUCUGCAACAUUUCCAGGGCCAGUUUUUCAUAGUAUUAGCUACGUUCGAGGGUGUACAAGACUCUACUGUUCUUUUGAUCUUGGACUGACCGAAGAACAAACGCGAGAGAUGGUUCGAAUGGCUGCGCAGCAACAUGGGAACCAAACGACAGAAAAAGGACUCUGUGUAUCAUUCGUAAGAGGACUGGUGUCGGCGAUUUGCGAUCGGAUAUGUCGACCUGAGUGGACUGGCGAACAUUCGGUGUCGUUAGCUGCCAUCGAUGUCCUGAACUGCUUGUCACAUUUGCAUCCAACUGUGCUUUUCAAUAAUAAAGAUGUUUCGACGGGUUCACUCAUUGUGGCGUCAUUGUGUCGUUUCAUCGAAACACAGCUGAACAAACCACCUCCUCUUCAUUCGAAAGAUUUACAUUCUACUGUAGUGGCAGCGUAUAAUUCUAUAGCUGUAUGGUUGAACGCGGCACCAAUUCUAGCCGAGUGUGAAAGCGUGCUGAAUACCGUUGCGGAAGCAGUACAGUUAGGUGUUACUGGAUCCAAGAGAAAAGACAGUGCCCCGGAUGACUGCAAAGCAGCUAGUAAACGUGUGCUAGAAGCAGCCGAAUAUUUGAUGUACUCGCUGUUUUCGGUUGUGGGCCGCACAGGUCAAACUAUUUGUGAUGAACGACGUCUACUGUAUACUUACGGUCCUGCGGCUAUUGAUACGACAAAGUUCUUGCACGUAAUCGUAAAUGGAGACACGCUGCUUUCGUUGCAUGAAGCGUCUCAUAUCAAGGAGCUGGCUGAUGGUUGCCCGUGCGUGCUCUACAUUCGACGUUCACCGAUGCAACCAGCAUCAGCAGGUGUUGCGAAGCUUCGUCCCCAUCCUGACGGUUACAAUCCGGAACAACAGCAACCGCCAACGCCACUGUCAAGUACCUUCGAUACUGGUAAGCCUUCUCCACAGCCGUCGCAGGCGACGAACUCUUCUAUUGGAGACCAGUUUGAGAUUUCGCCUGAGUUUCUCAAGGUCUCGUGUAAACUUUACAGAAGUCCACAGACUUGCAAAUCGAUUCGAAUUCUAUUGUACGACAUGGGUCUCGUAGAUCGGGUAUCAUUCGGAAAGGAUAUUGUGUGUCUCGACAGUGGUCAAAGUUCCGAAUUUUAUCGAAGCCUUCAUGAGAUGGUGGAUAGUUGUCCGGCGCGUGCCCUGCAUACAACUCACAUUUUCUACGUGAAGGAAGGGCAACGAUCGGCUGUAGAUAUACUGGAAAAUGCGGUGAGUUCCCACUCUUCCUUUGCCGGCUCUUAUUUUUCAAGUGACCUCGAGUUCCUGCAUGUUUCUCAGCACAUUGAAUGCCUCUUUUAA